AAAUGCAAAAUGGCGGAUACGGUAUUCUUGUAUUAAAUAGACAGCGUUCAUAGUUACGAGAAUGAAAAAGCUAUGGAAAAAAUUAAAAGGUAAAGACAGAAGCGGCGAAGCAUCUCCGAAAUCCGGCUCAACUCGUGGAUCAGUUGCUUCUCUUAACACCAACUUUGAUGUGAAUGUCAAAGAACUAGGUAAGCUUCAUAAAGCUGCUUGGACAGGUGAUCUGAACAAAGUUAAGCAACUUGCCAAAAAAGAUCCGAAUCCACUUGAUAAAGAAAAAAGAAGCCCGCUUCAUCUAGCUUGUAUACAAGGAUAUGACCAAAUUGUGCAAGAACUUCUUGAAUGGAAGGCAAAACCUAAUAUUGGAGACAGUCAGUCAAAAACUCCACUUAUGCGAGCUGUUGAGUUCCAACGUGAAGGUUGUGUUGAUUUACUGUUGGAUGAAGGUGUGGACGUUGACACCACAGACUUUCAGGGAUAUAGCCCUUUACACCUAGCAGUUGAAACUGGAAAUCUUAAUAUUAUCAAGAAGCUACUUAGUGCUGGAGUUUCACUAAAUACACUUACUAAAGAAGGUUUUGCUCCUCUUCAUUUAGCAGUAAAAAAUAGACAACUUGAAAUAUGCACUUUGCUGUUGAACUCUAGAGCAGAUGUCAAUAUAAAGGAUGCAAAUUCUAGGACUCCACUCAUGAUUGCUUGCCAAGAUGGAUCUAUUCCAUUAGUCCGAUUGUUGUUGGAGUGUAAAGCAGAUGUACUUCAUAAAGAUUCAAAAGGCUGGUCAGCUGAUGACCAUGCUGGGAUUAAAGGUCACCAUGCAUGCAGUCAGCUAAUUUCUGAUCAUCUUCGAUUGAGUUAUGGAACCCCAGCCUCAACCCCGAGAUCAACAUCUCAACCCCCAAGUUCACUAAACACCCCAAGAGAGCUUGAUUUGAUGGGGCUUCCAGUGGCAGAUGGUGGAGGUGAAGAUUCAGACAAUGAAACUAUCAGCAAAGCCUCUGGAGCUCCUGGCUCAGAUUCCUGGGCAGAUUCACCAGAUGUUUCUAUUGGGGAUGAAAUAAAAAAAGGAAAGAAAGAAGAUGAUGAUGGAACGGAUGUAGGUGAGGAAAUAUUUGAUGAACCUAAGGUGAGUGCACCGAAAAUCAGUCUUGCCAAGUUUGCCACAAGUAUCCACGUGUCUGAAAGUGAUACUGAUGGAGAGUCAGUCAAAAGCUCAACCCCAAGAAGGAAAGUUUCUGUUGUUGACAACCCUAUGGACCAUCUGAAGGAAUCUCUACACACCACAGAAGCAAAAUUAGACAACAGGCGCCAGAUCUCAUUACAGUCACAAGUGUCUGGGGAAGAUAACUCAUGGGGAGAUUCACCACAGACCCCACGCAAAAACAUUUCAGCGCAAAGAGUUUCUUUCAAAAAGGAUGAAGAACUCUCAGAGAUUCAUGACAUUACUGUUUCUGACUCAGAAUCUGAUCUACCUGACAACAAAAAUGGCGCAAGGAAGCUUGUUAUUACCUCUACUCCAAUCAAGCCUGAACUCCAAGGUUAUGUACCUUCUGCAUCUGCAACUUCCAACCCUAGUCUUCCUUCCAUUGAUAAGAUGAAAGGGAGUGUUGACCCAGCUUUGAUGGAGGAGCUGGGCAUUGGUGAUGUGGACGACAUCAGCGAUGUAUCCGAUGCCUCUCCCCCACCCCCUCUGCCAGCAUCCCCUCCCCCUAAUGUCACACAUGUCAACCAGAAGGAGGCUGACAGUGACUGGGAUACAUCAGUGGUUUCAGACUUGACCACACCCAGGCCUGGUAUCUUAAAAAACUGGAGUUCUCCUGCAGAUUCUGGCAAUGCAGGCCUCAAACUGAAACCACAGACAUCCAAUCAUGUACUAAAGCACUCUGCUGCUGUUGAUUCUGGAGAUGAAAAUAGUGACUGGGACUCAACAGAAACUCAGAAUGUUCCAUCCCACCCAAAAUCUCCUGUACAACUGAAACAGAAAAAAGACAGUAUAUCGGAAUGGGACAGUGAAAUUGAAGAGAGUGUUCAUCCUGCGUCAGCAUCCUUGCCUGCACCACCACAAAUAGCACCACCAGUCACUGCCGAGACAAAAUUAAAAGUUAACCACAAUGAGCAUGAUGAUUGGGACACUACUGAAGCUUCUAACCAUGAUGCUUCUCUACCAGCAGCUACGGAAACAAAUAAAGUUGGUAGCUCUAAAAAGAAGAAGCGUGGAGGAUUUUUUACAUUUGUUGAGGGGAAGUCAGAACCUCGUGAGGAUGAUGAUGAUUCUGAAAGCAGCUGGGAUUCUGAGGCUGAUGAGGUAUCAGAUCCAGGUACAGUCCCCGCUGUGUACAACUUUUUCCAGGAGACCCAGCCUGUUGUCCAGCCAAAAGUGUCGCAGACACAAGUAGCAGCUGAGGUCAGCAAAACCAAAGAAGACAGCUCAGAUGAGGAGGAAUCUGAGUCCAUUAGUUCCUGGGAAUUGGAAAGAAGAAAGCAAAAACAAGGUGUAGUGGAUGUGUUGGCGGAAGAAGUGGAUGUGGAUGUGAUGGAGAAUCAUUUGGUAGAGCAACAGCUGUUUGGUGUACAGGGAGAAGGGGAGGAUGAUGAGGAAGAGUUUAAUAGACAAUGGGAGGAGGAGAGACAUAUACAGCUCAUGGAGGAGGAGAUUAAAAGGGAAGAAGAGAAGAGGAGAAGGGAGGAGAUGGAAGAGGAAAUGGAGGAGGAGAGAAGAAGAGAAGAGAUGGAAGAGGAGGAGAGGAGAAAAGAGGAAAUGGAGGAGGAGAGAAGAAGAGAAGAGAUGGAAGAAGAGUUGAGGAGAAAAGAAGCAGAGAGAGUUAGGCAAGAAGAGGAGUUGGAUAGAAGACGUAAAGAACAAGAACGUCUUUGGAAAGAGGAGCAAGAGAGAAUUAAACUCGAGAGAGAGGAGAAUGAAAGGAGAAAUGAAGAGUUAAGGGAACAAGAGAGGAUAAAAGAAGAGCGGGAGAAACAAGAGAAAUUGAGGAAAGAAAGAGAGGAGCAAGAGAAACUGUGGAAACAAGAGGAAGAGAGAAAAAAGAAAGAGCAGCAAGAAAGAAUGAGGAGGGAGGCUGAGGAGGAGAGGAUUAGAAAAGAGCAGGAGAUGGAGUGGAUACGAAAGGAGGAAGAGGAAAGAGAAAGGCAGGAGGAAAUAGAAAGGCAGUGGGAGAUAGAAGAAGAAGAAAAAGAAGAGAAGCUGAGAAUAGAUGUGGAAGAAGUCAUUGAGAAACAAAAGAUGGAAAAGUUUCAUUAUUCAAAAAUGAGCUCAGAUGUUCUUGAAGAUACCAUUACUAGAGUAAAACUUCAACAGGAAGAGCUGAUUCAUUUUGAAAAUGAUGAAGUGGAUUUCUACAACAAUGAGGAGACAACUCAGGAGAAUAAAACAGAAACUAUUCCCCCUCCUGUAAAGUCUUCUUCACCCAAACUUGGUGUUGGGUUGAACAAACCAGCUGCUUCUGGAAUGUACGCUGGACUAGGCAGCUCCACAGUUGUAGAAAUAAAACAAAGACUUCAAGUCCCUCCUGUGUCCAGCACGCCCCCACCUUUACUGAGUGCCAGUCUACACCCUUGGCCAGACCCUUAUGAUGAUAAUGAGUCCAUCUUCUCAGGGGAUGAAAGGGGCAAUGUACCAACCACCUCGUACUACCAAGGCCUGCUGAACUCCCAUAGCCUGUACAGGCCCAGUGGUCCCCUAGAUGAUGAUGCCCUGAGUUACACAUCAACAGAGUUUGAGGAUCAGGUCCAUAGCACACCAUCCUAUGGCAAAGACAGGGAGAUCCUUACCAAUAUACAAAUUGGAGAUCCCAGCUCCUUACUGAAAGUCCAGGAGUAUGUGAGAGACACAAGGCGUCAGCUGGAGCAGGAGAAGAACUACAGGAUUGUGCUGGAGAACAAGUUAAAAGUGGCCACCAAGGAGAAAAAUGAGCUGAACAAGAAAUUGGACAGCAUCUCACAGCUGAAGACAAACCUGGAACAAGAGAAGCUUGACCUGGAAGUAAAGAUCCGCUCACUGGAGUAUGGCCUGGCAGAUGAGGAAGAGAAGAGAAAGAAUGCUCAGGUGCUACUCAAUAAAACAAAAGAACAGCUCUCCAGAAAAGAAACACAAUACACUAGUGAAUUAGAGGCCAAGCAAAGAGCUGAACUUGCUGUAAGGAAUCUGCAGGUUGAGUACAGGACAGCUGCUGCUACCAUUAAGGAUCUGGAAGAAGAGAGAGAAGAGCUCCAAAGGCAGGUCAACCACAUGAGCAAUGCCAGACAACUGCAGGAGCAAAUCAAUGAGGAUCAGCAGAAAUUUAUUCUACAGCGCCAGAGCUCUCUGGAGAAUGACCUUGAAGAAUCUCCACGUGAGUUCAGUCCUGAUCCAGGCAAACACAAGGCAGAAGUUUAUGCAUUGAAGAUGGAAAUGGAGCGCCAGAGGUCAAGGUUCAAAGAUGAGAUCACCUUUCUGGGGGUGACAAAUGAAGAACUGGAAAAUAAAGUGGACGAGCUCAGAAAUGAAAUUAAACUCAAUGACGAGGCUUUAGCCCAUGCAACGAUGCAGUACAACAUGCAGUUAAGCUCAUUGAGAGCUGACCUGAGCUCAGCCCAUGGAGUUCUGGAGAAAGAAAGAGCAACUAAAGAGAAGCUAGAUGCUGAGAUUGAUUCUCUCAAGACCAGACUUGUAAGUACCAACCAGGAGAUGGACAAGGCUAUAAAUGCUCGCAAUGAGAUUGAAAGAGACUAUCGAAGAGAAAAAGAUGUAUGGGCAAAAGAGAUGGAAAGAAAAACAGGAGAAGUAACCAGUUUGAAAGAUGAAAACCAAUUACUAAACCAAAGACUGCAUGCUACAGAGGCCAAGUUUAACUCUAUGGAAAAUGAGUUGCAUGUGUCGAAUACAUCUUUACUGGAGAGGACUGCCCAGCUGCAGCAGCUGAAACAUGAAAUAGAAAGACAGAAAUCUGUUCAUGACACACUCGAUCAGAACUACAGACAUGAGAAGGAACAAGGGGCAAAACUCCAGGCUAAGGUUGAGAACUUGCAAGAAAGAUUAACAAACCAGCAGCAUGAAAACCUGUCCCUGCGCCAACAACUGGACACACUGAAGCUCAGUGCUGGUGGGUCAGGUGAAGCCAAUGAGAAACUCAACAGUAUUCUUGCCAACCUCAGGGCUGACAGUGACAGGGCUAAGACUAGCUUAGAAGAAAAGAACAGCAACCUGAUUGAACAGGUGGCAAGACUGAAAGAGGAAGUGAGGGGAUCAGAAACAAGGAAAGUAACUCUGGAGCAAGACUUGAGAAAGCUGAACGAAGAGCACAAUGCAAUAGUGAGAAAGUCAUCAGAGACAGAAGCCACUCUUCACAUCACCCUGAAGGCCAAGGAACAAGCUGAGCAGGACAGGGCACGGCUGAAGUCGGAGGUGGAACAGCUGCAGCAGCGCUACCAAGCCACACAUGACAAGCUGAUUGAGUCUCAAGCCAGGAUCUCUGAGCUAGUAGACAGGCUGGAGAAGGCUGAACACACAUCUCUCUUCAGCAGUCAGCAGCUGGCCAACACCUCGGCCAACAUGCACGGGCUGGUCAAGUCAAAGUCUCAGAUGGAUGAAAACAUCCAACAGUUGCAGAUAGAGAAUGCUAGACUAGAAGCUGAGCUCAAGUAUGAGAAACAGAGGGCUGACAUGUUGAAUCAGGAUCUCAUGGAUUCUCAAAAGGUGAGAAGCAGCCUUGAAGCUCUCUGUGCCAACCUGAAGACUACGUCUGCCCAUUUAGAAGAUAGACUUGGUUCAGAAAAUGGAUAUGAAGAUACUAGACUUGAUAUAGCUGACCUAGAAAGAAAUAAAAAUUCCUCCGAGUCAAAGCUUGGAGAGGAAUCAUUUAGGGCAAAGAUGGCAGAAGAGGAAAGAAGAUCUUUAGAGGAAAGACUUGAGGUUGAAAAGGAAAAAAAUCACCAACUUCAGAAAGAUAUCAACACUCUAAAAAUGCAUCUCAAGUCAGCAAAGACCAAAAUUAAGGAUUCUGGAAGGCUUGCUCAGUCAGAUUCUCAGUACGCAGACUUUCGUCAAGAAGUCAAUAAUAAAGAAACAUUUGUUUCCACACCUCGUCAGCAGUUUUCUAGCAGUGAACCUCAGCAGAAUCACUCAGGGCAGAAUAUUGACCUCAUGAGAUCUGAGAUUGAAGCUAAAUAUCGCAUGGAGCUGAACCGCAAGCUGGAGGAUGUAAAUAGAUUCUUGGACUCUCAGUCUCAUCUUCGGGACAGACUUGACACCUCUAGAACAGAUUUAGAGGCAAACUUACUUUUGGACAAAAGAAAGCUAGAGGAAGAAAUAAACAAUUUACGUAUAAAGUUUGAACAAGCCGUGGCCCAGAGAGAGACAAAGGAAAUGGAAGUGAAGCGGUUUAAGGAGCUGUAUGAAUCAGAGAUGAAGUGGAGGAUGAGGAUCAGUGACCAGCUACAACUGGCCACUGAGAAGAGUUUUAACCUCAAGUCAAAACUCAGUAAUGAACGCCACUUUAGGAAUAGCAGGCUAACAGGCAGUAUUGGCAGUGUUGUGGGAAACAACAGCUUUGACGUCACCAGAGUCAAUGGCUUCCAUGACGAUGAACUGAGCAGCAAGAUAAAAGCAGAAUUGGAUCGAAGCAUAGCUAAACACUUGGAAGCGGCCCCUCAUGAUUACAAGAAACCAGUGAUGAUUCCAACCAAAGAUGUCCCACUCUUUUCCUCAACACUCACACAAUCCAGCAAUGACUACAUCGAAAUUUUGAAACGCAAAUACUGUGUAUAAUUUUUUUUCUUUAUUGACUGCAUUUUAGCAUUCCCCUCACUGUUUGUGUUUAUAGUAAACAUAAUGGUCUUUAGAAUUGAACUGU